AUGACAGCUCCUGGAUAUGCUGUUCGUGCCUACACACUAUUGGAAUAUGAAUAUUACAUGCAACAACUCGGCUCGAUUAAUCAGAAGAUAAGGGGUUAUCUGGACGAAGUUGGAUCUGAGAGAUGGUCACGUUUCUACAUGCCUUCAAAUCGGUAUUCUACAAUGACAUCGAAUAUUGUGGAGUCGGUUAAUGCGGUCACAAAACACAAGGAGGAUGCCCAAGGCACUUUUACAACCUUGUCAAUCAAGUAUGAGAAGAAGAUGAGGGAAAUGAGUACAGAUAUGAGAAACUUGAGGGUUUCACCCAUUAAUCAGGCAAUGUUCUCAGUUAGCGGUGAAAGUUUCUCUUUCGUUGUUGAUAUAGAAAAUCGGACAUGCACAUGUAGGAUGCUUCAAGUUGAUCAACUACCUUGUCCACAUGCUUUGGCUGUGUUUGCGAGUAUGAAGAUGGAUCCAUAUAAAUACUGCUCCUACUAUUACACAAGUGAAGCGUUCAGAAAUACAUACCAAGAAACCAUUUUUCCGGUAGGAAAUCCAGCUGAAUGGACAGUGCCAAAUGAUGUCCAUGACAUAGUUGUAAUUGCACCUAAUCAAAAGCGAAGUUGUGGAAGGCCUACUGAGAAGAGAUUCAGAGCAGCGUACGAGGAAAACAUAACCGUCAAAUGUGGUCGGUGUGGUGAAAGUGGUCACAAUCGUAGAACAUGCAGCAGCUUAGUUCCGUUGAGUCAAAGCAACAAGAAUAAAGAGAGGAAGAGGAUGAAGACUGGAAAUGCACAUUGA